AUGGCUCAAUCAAACAACGCGUCCAGCAUCGUCUUCGACGAUAUCUUCACCAUAAAUGCCAUCGACAAGGAAGGCAAAAAAUUCGACAGAGUCUCCCGACUCUACGCUCACUCAAAAAACUACGACAUGGACUUGACGCUCGAUUACAACAUCGAGCUCUUCCCUCUGAAAAAUGACGACAGCUUUGCUAUGGCGCUUGCCUCAUCUCUCGCUCGUGGAGGACCACAAUCUGGCGCUGGUGCAGACGGGGCAGCUGACGAAGACAAGGACAGAGAUGUCUGGCGGCCAGACGGAACUGGUCGACGCGGUCUAGAAGAAGACUACGACUACGUCAUGUAUGGCAAGGUUUAUAAAUUCGACAGUGGGACGAGUGAGAUUGUGACUGCUUAUGCGUCGUUCGGCGGACUACUGCUGUCCCUCACCGGGUCCUACCGUCACAUGACGAGCAUCGUUCUCGGUGAACCUGUUUAUCUGCUCAUGCGAAGGUGA